AUGUCAACCAAUGCAUCGAAUAAGCAAACAAAAACAGUAGAAGAUCGUUUAAAGAGACGGCAACGUUUACAUGCUAAACUAUAUUCAGAUAAAACUUCUACGGAUGAAUCUGAUAUUACAUCAAUUAAGUAUAGUCCAAGAGCAUCACAAUCACUUGAUAGUACAUUAAGUAGACAUACAAAUCAUAUUUCAUCAUCUGCAGCAUCAACAAAACUAGAUGAUCAGCGUAGAUCAUCAUUAACAACAAUAAAUUCUCUAGAAGUAUCAUCAACACAUAAUCAUCAUUCAAAACAAAAUCAAAAAAACAUUCCAUCAAAACCUUCACUUUCGAAACACCAACAACAUAAUUAUUCACAUCAAGAUGAAAAAGCUAUGAUUAUUAAAGAAACAAUUUCCUCUACACCAAUUCAACAAAAAGCUUUCAAAAAUUCUUAUUCAAAUCAAAAUGAAGAACCUAUAAUUAGAGAAGACAUUCUUACACCUAAACUGUCACCUCCAGCUGUUUCUCCUCGACUUACAAGAAAACAUAAUUUACUUCAAAAGCAAGAGACUAUUGAAAAAUCUCAUGCAUACUAUAAUGAAGAGCCUGUAAUCAACAAAGAACUUAUGUCAUCUAAUAUAUUACCUCCGAUUGUUACGCCUCGAAGAACAAGAAAGUUCAAUUCAUCAAGUUAUCCAGAAUAUACAACCGCUCUUGAAAAACAAUAUUAUCAUUUCAUACCAUCAUAUCCGAAGCCGAAAGAACGUUUAGCAUCAGAACCAACUGUAUCAUCAAAUAAACAUCGAUAUGCAUCAAUUCAUCCAAGAGUUGCUAAGCAAAAUUCUCUACCGUAUUCAUAUGUAUUUAGUAAACGUAUAAUUGAUGCUGAAUUAGCUCGUAUAGCUUCAUCAAGACACAGAACUGUUUGGGAUUGA